AUGUCCAGAUAUCAGCCAUUAGAGCGGACUGUGAAGACAUAUUCGCCUGUACCAGAGGAAUCUGAACUUCUUCAUGAGAUACGUGUGCUUCAAACUCGUGCGAAUGAGUUAGAGAAGCAUAUCGUGAGGAGCACUGUCCCAGUCCAACAUCUAGGCCACAGUGACAGCGAGACCUUCUUGUCACAGUCCAGUCUCAACCUUGCGGAAGAAUACCCCAAAACGAUCGGACAGUCCGAGAUCCACAGGGUAAAAAACAUCGUCGACCAUCUCGAGUCUGUCUCAAUGGGGCAAAGCUCUCUCGAAUCCUUCUUUACAGAUGAGUUGGACUUCAGAAUUGGAAAACUUCGAUCGAUACCACAAGCACCCGCUUUCACGAAACAAAAUGGAAGGCUAGUGCCGUGUAUAUGGCUGCCACUACGGGAAGAGGUCAUGAAGCUGCUCGAUUACUACGUCACAGAGCUCAACUACAUUCAGCACGUCACGCAUUAUCCCUCGCUAACAGCUACAUUUAACGAAGUGUACGACCAGAUUGAGAGUCGUGAAUUUGUUCAGUCUGGCAAGGUUGUUCUUCUGCUUGGUAUCAUCGCUCAUACGACGCAUGUUUGGACCGCGCCGAAGAACUUGGAAAGCGAGCUCCCCUUGUUUCUAUCUUCGUCGCAAGCCCGUUCUCAAACAUCCGUUUGGAUCAAAGCCACAUAUACAGCACUAAAUGCUAGCCAAGAAGGCAAUGCGCUAGUGUUAGAGACCAUACAAGGCAUCGCCAUCUUGUCAUACGUUAUCUGCAACAUGGAGGGUGUUUCGUUACGAUAUCGGUGCUUGAUAUCGACCGGUUUAUUACUUGGCCGUGAACUGGGUCUACAUCGAACCGACCAUGAAUCCAAUAUUACUACGGCAGGAACGCUCAAAGCUGAGAUUGGUCGUCGUGUUUGGUGGUAUCUGACUUCUACAGAUUGGUUACUUGCAGCAAGAUAUGGUGGGUCUGGCGAAAACGUAUACCAGUCUAACCCGCUGCAUAUGAACGUGAACAAGCCGCUGAACAUCAACGACGUUGACUUAUCUACCGACGAGGCCCAGCAAUCUCGGCCAUUAUCACAACAGACAGAUAUGUCGUACUUCCUUCAGCGCAUCCGUCUAUCAGAAAUCUCACGUAGCAUUGUCGAUCAAAUCAACUCCGACCCAUCCAAUCGCCGCGCUAACAUUAUGACAAUGGAUGGCCAGCUCGUCGAAAUGAUGAACGAAGUUCCUGCAUUUUUGCUGCUGAACAGUUACCAGGACACCAUCGGCUGUACAAACUUGAACCACUCGUUCGUUCAAGCCUAUUUCCUCAACACUCUUCUCCACACCCAACGCUGCAAACUUCAUCUAGCAACUCUCACGUGCACGUCCAACAUGGAUCCAACGUACACGUCCUCUCAUGCCGCAUGUCUCCAAUCAGCGCGCCAGUUACUUCAUAUCGAGACAACACUUCUACGUUCUCAAAAUCCCUUCGCGCGCCGUCCCCAGCGACCUCCAGCCGGUCUGUACAGUAUCUUCGUUGCCACUAUCACUCUACUUAUGGAUGUUUGUCUCAACAAGCCAAGUGAAAUACCAGCCAUGCUUCAAGCAGGUGACCUAGUGGAAGGCCUACAGAUGAUAGCAGAUGCAAGGGAAGAUUCACUGGCAGCAGCGAAACUAUACGAGUCACUCAUGCAGAUCAUAGGGAGAUAUGCAGAUGCUCAACACCCAGCAGAGCACAACUUAAGUGCGACAGACAUUCACGCUACUGCAGGGACUCUCUCGGGUUUACCGUCGGAUGUUUUGCGAGAACAGCAGUCAUAUUCUUCGCAGAUCAACGACGCAAUACAUCUCGACCUGGUCGAAUGGGAUGAUCUGUUCUCCAGCGUUUCUUCAUCCCCCUUCUUUUGA